AUGUAUGAGGAUAUUCAUUUACAACACUAAACUAAUGCAUACAUUGAAUAGAAGGAUCAACUAGAAGUCACAGAUAAUACAGAAGAGAUUGAAUUUAAAUAAAUAAGCUUUGAUCAAGCAUUAUCACAAGUAGGAUCAUCAGGAUACUAUUAAAAAAGAGUAUUCCUAAUAUUUGGUCUGCAAUGGAUGAUAACUACGUAUAGACCUCUUAUUAUCAUUGAUGGAUUCUAUUUGCUCCUGUUUUCUACUUUAUAGAGCCAAAAAUUGAUUGCAAAAACGAUCUAAAUUGCUAUAAUGAAUGCUCUACACAUAUUUUGGAUGAACAAUGUCUAUCUUACAUUUGAAGAUUAAUCUCGAAUAGAAUUCCUUGUUGGUAAUUCCCUUAACACAGCAUUCAAUACAGUAUUGCCUUGCAAUAAGACCUUACAAUCAAUUAUUAAAUCCAUUGUUUAUUUUGGCUCUCUGAAAGGAUUCUUUAUUUUUUCAUUUAUAGCUGACAAUUAUGGAAGGAAACUCGCUUUGACAUUAUCUUGGUCAAUCACUACAAUAGGAUCAUUAAUUUUAGCAGUUACAUAUCAUUUCUAAUUAUAUAUAGUCUGCUUAAAAUUUCUAAAUGAUAACAGGUGCAAUGAAAUCCUGCCAUAACAGUUCAUUAUUCAUUUAUAAAUGAACAUUCCUGGAAAAUUUACAUUAAAAUUAUUAGAAGGACAUUUCAGAGAAUUCCAAAAUGUUGGUCUCUAAGUUUUCUUUGCAAUUGGGGAAUUUACAUUUAUCACUUUGGCCUAUUAUGUGACUGAUUGGAGAUCAUUAGCAAUUAUUGCUGCAAUACCUACAAUCAUGCUCGCUUUUGCUAAUUUAUUGAUUUUUGAAUCACCCCAAUUUUUGUACUCCAAAAAUAAAUCUUAAUGUGUAGAAACACUUAAUCAGAUAGCUAAAAUUAAUUCAAAGAAACAAAUAUAUAUUGAUGAAUUAAUCACAAAUCCAAAAUCUAAAGAGAAAAACUAGAGGAUGUACACAGCAUGGGAUCUUGUAAGAAACAAAUCUAUUAGAUAUAUAUUUAUUGCAUGUGUAAUGAUGUUUUUUGGAAUUCAAAUGAUAUAUUAUGGAAUCAGUUUUGUUAGUGAUUAAUUAGGAAUGAACUUUUUCACUAGCAAUUAUAUUAUAGCAUUUUUUGAAUUAACCGCAUAUUUAGUAACAGAUUUUUUUGUGACAAAAUUAAAAAGAAAGAAAAGUAUCAUUUUGGGACUGAUAUUAGUGGGUUUGAUGAGUUAGUAUUUUAUAAUUCAAUUUGAUAAUUCUCUAUUUAUCAUAAUGUAAGGAAUUUUAGCAGGGAUGAUGAGAUUCAUUAUUUGUGUGAUCUGGGCUUUGGCAUUUGUGUAUGUGUCUGAAUUGUUCCCUUCAGUUGUUCGUUCUUUAGCAUUAUUAUUAAUAUCUGCUGGAGGUUCGAUUGGUAGUAUAGUUCAAACCUUCUUGAAUAAUUUAUGUCAACAGUUUUAAGUCCAUCCCAUGGUUGUUUUUGGAAUAAUUGGUAUGUUGUGUGGUCUUUUGUUGCUACCUCUAAAGGAGACAUUGAAUCAAGGGUUGAUUGAGAAUAUUGAGGAGGAAGAAAAGUUAAUGAAUUAAUGCAAACUGGAUAAUAAAUGUUAAUAGUCUUAUGAAGCUGAAGAGUCUGGUGAAGUGGAUCAAAUGGAAAAUUUGAAUGAAGAGAGAGAAUUUCUCAUAAUAAAAUAAAAGAACAUUAACAUUAACGCUUAAAAGAAAGAUUGUUGA